AUGGAUGGGAAUAAAUUGAAGGAGGUAUGUAUAUUAUUAAAUAGUAAGAAUGAGAAGAAAAUACAACGUGGUAUAAAGAGAUUAUUUAGAUUAAUUAAAAAGAAUGAUUUUAAGAACACAUAUAAUAUUGAAAAGAAUAUAUAUGAUGUCGAUAUUGUAAUAGAGAAUAAUUAUUUGGAUAUAGUAAUAUAUUGUUUAUCGUUAAAUGUAGAAAAGACGAAAUCAUCCAAAUUAGGUUAUUACAUUAAUUUUGAUUUUAUAGAAAUUAUAUUUUAUACAUUAAGUUGGGUGUUAUUUCAUAAAUUUAAAGAUUGUUGUUUUUAUAUUGAUAAUGAAGAAAAUAAAAAAGUUCAAAUAAAAGAAAAUGAAGAGAACUUUAAAAAGAACAUAUCCUUUUUAAAUUUAGGGAAUUUUUUUUAUGAUAAUGUUCAUUUUCUUGAAAUAAUAAUUUUAAAUAAUUUUCAUCAUAAUCGAGUGUAUAUAUUAAGCACAAUUUUUUAUUUCUUAUUAUAUCAUGAAAGGUUUCGUUUUGGUUUUUUUUCUUCGACUUCAUUAUUAGUAAAUUUAAUUAAGUUAAAAAAAAAUGUUGAAAAUAUUUCUGACUUGUUCAGGAAAAAUAAAUUGAAUGAGAAUGUUCAGGUAGAAUUUUUUAUCAAAGGGAAAAAAGACAAAAAUGAUGAAAAUGACAAAAAUGAUGAAAAUGACAAAAAUGAUGAAAAUGACAAAAAUGAUGAAAAUGACGAAAAUGAUGAAAAUGACAAAAAUGACAAAAAUGACAAAAAUGACAAAAAUGACAAAAAUGACAAAAAUGACGAGAAGUUAAUUUUUAUAAGAAAUACAUAUGAAGAAGAAUUAAUUUAUUUAUAUAAAUUUUUAGUUCUUCAGAAUAGAAGUAACAAUUUAAAAAAUAAUUUUGUUGAGAAAGGUAAAAAUAUGGCGAGGAAUUAUGGUUUGGUAAGCGAGUUUAUGUUAUUAAAAAAAAAUGGGAAAUUCAGGGUGCAUAGGGAAAAAGCUAUAAACGAAAAGGAGAAAAAUAAAAGUACUGAUAUGAUAAAUAAUAAAAUGGAUAUUAAAAAAUGCAUAUUAAAUAAUAAAGGAAAUAAUAAUAACAACAACAACAAUAAUAAUAACAAUGAUAAUUAUAAUAAUAAUAAUAAUGAUAAUUAUAAUUAUUUCGAGAUUGUAAGAGGAUCCAUUUUGAUAUACUCCAUUUACCGUUAUAUUUUUAGCUCAAAGAAUGACGACUUAUAUAAACAUUUUAAUUCGAUAUGUGAUGAAUUAUAUGACAUUUUUAUUAAUACAAGUGAGUGCUGUAAAUAUUAUAUUUUAUUAUGUCUAUAUGAAAUAUUAAAAAAAAGUGAGAAUUAUAAAUAUAUGAAUCUUUUCCUAUUGUUCAUAAAAUUGUUAAGUGUAUUUUUAAAUAACGUACAAAAAAAUGUAGACACACAUCUUCUUUUCCUUAUGAAUAAUUUAUUGUUAUUACAAAGAAAUACAUUUUAUUCCAUAUACCAAAAUGGAGUAUUUAAUUAUAAACAUAUAAUUCUUUUCAAGCGUUCCAUAGGAGAGAAUAAAAAUAUGAAUAAAUUGAAAAAUGAAAAAUCCCCUCUCUCCCCAAAUAAGCAAAAAAAAAAAAAAAAAAAUUACUACUUUAUAAUAAAAAAUAAAAAUACAGAGAGGUCUUUAUUAUAUAAUGCUGUAAAUAGUUAUGAGGAUAUAUUAAAUAAUAUUGAUCAAAUGGAAGAAAAUAACAAAUAUAUAGAAACAAAAUAUGGAUUAUUAUUAAAAGUAAAUAAAGGGGAUAUAUAUUAUGUGUCCCUUUUGUUUUAUAUUCUUCAGGUUUAUAUGGAUAUAUGUCUGAAUGAAAAAAAGCAAUUUUUAUUAAAUAGUUAUAUGGACGAUAUUAGUAAUAAUAAUAAUAAUAAUAAUAAUAAUAAUAAUAAUGAUAGUAAUAAUAAUAAUAAUAAUAAUAAUAAUAAUAAUAAUAAUAAUAAUAGUAAUAGUUAUGGAUAUAAAAAGGAUAAUAAUUUUAAGGAUAUAAAAAAUAUUAACCAUUUAAAUAAUAUGAAUAAAUCUAUUGUAGGGAAAUCAUUAAGUCAUAAAUUAAAUGAUAAUUUUUUUAAUUUUUUGACAGAUUUAAAUAUUAAAUAUUUUAUUAAUCAUUUUGUUAUUAUUAAAACAAUAGGAACAUAUCAACAUUUUAUUAAUUUGUAUUAUAUGAAUAAUAAAAAGCUAGUAUUUAGUUAUGACAAAACAUUAUAUAUAUUUUUCUUCUUAAAAUUAUAUGUAGAGCUUAAUAAAAUAUUUUUCGUAUGUAGAGAGAAUAAAAUAUAUGAUAAUAAGAAGAAGCAAAGGGAAACUAAAAAAAAAUGUGCAGAAUGGGUAGGUGAUAAUGUAGAUUGGUCUGAUUUUUCAUUAUAUGAAUGUGAACAUUUUGUGUUAAAUAAUGAGGUGACAGAACAUAUGGAUAAUUUAGGAUGUACUAAAAAAAAUGAAAGUGAAAAAAAAAAAAGAAAAUUUAAUUUUAACCAACACAUUGAUGAGACUAUACAUAAUUCGUGUGACGAGAAUUCUGUACAGGAUGAAUAUAAAAAUUUAAAUAAACGUUGUAAGGUACACAAUAGUGAUGAUUUGUCCGAUAUAUGUAUAAACAACAACAAGAUGAUGAUACAAAGUGCGUACGAUGGGAUAAUUUGUAAUGAAAUGUGUGAUAUAUAUUGUGAUAAAGAUAGGAUUUUAUUAGAAUAUAAAUAUAAUUAUAAAAAGAUAAAUGUAGAGACAAUGAGAAAUACCAAAUUUUUAGAUAUAAUAAAAGAGUUGAUUUAUUAUAAAAUGAUAUUAGAAAUGUAUAAGAUGAGAGAAAAACGUGCUGACUAUAAUAAAGAAUUAAUUUAUGAUGAGCAUAUUUUAAAGAACACCCUAAAAUAUAGUAGUAACAACAAUGGUGAUAAUAUAAAUAUAAAUAUAAAUAAUUUGUGCAAUUUUAAUUAUUAUCACAAUGGUGAUAUUUUAGAACAUGAAUUGAAUUAUUUGAAUAAAAUGAAUGAUGUUAUAUAUUUUUUUAUACCUUUCAAUGUAACCGAUUUUUUGUUAAAAAAAAUAACUAAGGCAGAUAAAAAUAAUUUAUGUAAUUAUUUUAUUAUUUCAUAUCUUUAUUAUAUAUUGGAAAUAUUUAAAUGUAUAUGUAGAUUUAUAAUGUCGGUAGAUAUCUUUAUACUGAUUCCAGAAGGUAUUAAUAAAAAGAUAUUAUUGAAGAGUAUAAAAUUUGAUAUAACAAAUAAGUUUUAUGAUAUAAUUUAUAAGUAUUAUAUUUUUGAAAUAUCUUAUGUAAAUAUGUAUAUAUCUAGGGAUAAUAUGAAUGAUAUGUGUAUAAAUAGUAAAAGAGGUGAAUAUGAAUAUAAUAACUUGAAGGGGAUAAAUAACAAGAUGGUGAGGAAUAAUGUGAAUAAUAAAAAUGUAAUACAAAAGAAUGAUCAAAGUAAUAAUUAUAAUAAUAAUAAUAAUUUUGAUGAUAAUGAUGAUGAUGAUUACAUAUUAAAUAUAAAUAUGAACAAUGAUAUUAUAAAUUAUAGUAUAGAAAAGAAUAAAGAAGAAAAAGAGAUUGUUAAUAGUUUACAUUUUUUUUUAAAUGACAUAAGAGUUGAUAAGAAUAAUAUAUUUAUUUUACAUUUCAUUGUUAUAACAAAUUUUAUUAAUUUAUUUAAAGAAUGUGAACUAAAAAAGAAAAUAUUACAUGAAUUAUACAAUAAAAAGAAAAUUAUCCAGAUUAAUAAUUUUAAGAUAUUCCAUAAUAUAAAUGAAAAUGUUUAUAAAAUAUUUUUGAAUAAUUUUAUAGACAAAUAUUAUGUUACUGUGGAAAAUUAUAACAUUUUGGAUAAUCUCUUUUCUGUUUUUAUAUAUUAUAAAAGAAAUAUAAUUAUAGAUAAUGAAAGAAAUGAUAAGGGAAAAAAUAUGAAACUUUUUUUGGAAAAUGAAAAAUAUUAUAAGUGUAUGGAAAUAUUAAUAUAUAGAUUUUUAAGUAAAACAGAUUUUUUUGAUUCGACCUCAUUAGAUGAAAUAAUAUUAUUUUUUUAUCUUUUAAGAAAUAUAAAUAAUUUGAGACAUUUCGUUUUUGUAUUGUCAUUAUUUUGUAGAUUCUUUAAUUUGUAUAAGACCAAGUUGAAAUAUGUGGAUAUGUUUAAUAAUGUUUCAUGGGGGAAAAAAUUAAAACAUAUGAAAAAAGAAUCAAAUCAAAUAUGUUCAAAAAUGUUAUAUCAUCAAGAUGGUUCAUUCUUUUUUAAGAUGAUUAUUUGUUUUUUCUGUACAUAUAAUUAUGAUGGUUUUUUAAGUGGGGUUCCUAUAUUAAAAGUAAUUAAGGAUGAAAAAGAAGACACACAUUAUAAAAAGAGAAAAUUUGAUAUUACGAAAAAAAAAAAUAAUAAUAAUAAUAAUAUUAAAAAUGAUAGCCAGGAUAACCAUAUUAAUAUUCCUCAUAAUGAUGAUAGUAGUGAUACCUGGUCUUACCAAAUCGAUGAUGUUUUAUAUAUUUAUUCAUACUACUUAAAUUAUAUCAAAUAUGUUUUGUUAUAUAAUCCGUAUAUAUAUAUGAACAUAAAAAAUAAAUUAAAAAAAAAAAAAAAUCUAGAAGAAUUGUUCUACAUGUUUACAAAAAAGAAAGAAGUUUUUUUUGUAAAACCGAGUAAGGAGCAUAUAGAUCAUUUAAAUGGUACUAAUAAUAUGAAUUAUAAAAAUAAUUUAAUUGACGAUGAGGAGGAGGAAAAUAAUAAAGAUAACACAAACAAUAAUGUACAUAUUAGUACAUAUGAAGAAGGCAACCAAAUGAUAGAUGCAUAUUUUAAUAAUUUUAUAUUGUUUCAAAAAAGUAUAAAAUUAUUUUUAAAACAAAUAAGAAAUUUAAAAAAAAAAAAAAAAAAAAAAAAAAAAAAAAUCAAAGUGAAACUAACAGACGAGAAUUCUAAAUAUAAAAUGAAUAUAGAAGAAAUAUAUACAAAUAUCUUAGAACCAUUUUGUUUAAAUUUUUUUUUUUUAAAAGAUGAUUAUAGUUAUGAUAAAAACGCAAAAGAAUAUAAAGCUCAAAAUAAAUAUGGAAUUAUACAUAUGUUAACCAAUUGUAAGAAUAUAUUACAUGCUUAUAUAAUUAAAAAUGAUAAUGAAUUUGUUUUAAAUAAAAAUGUUAUAUGUUGGAAUUCUGAUUUAAUAUAUCAUCAUAUGUGUAACAUUUCGUCGGUUUUAUUAAAUUAUUUUUUUAUUCUAUAUACAUAUAUACAAAGUGUAGGAAACAAAAGAGAUGAAGAAAAUAUAAACAUUAAUGUUAAUGUAUUUAUGUAUAUAAUAAGAAAAAUUAAUUAUGUUUUAAAAUUUUAUAUAUAUUCAAAAAAUGUAAGCAACAAAUAUUAUAAUAUAAAAAAAGAAGUCCCAUUUCAAUAUAACAAAAAAGAUGAAGAAGAUUAUUAUUAUUUUAAUCAUAUGUUUGUAAAAAAAAAUAGACGUUUGGAAAAAAAUGUUUUUUUAUUAUCACUAAAUAUUUUAAAGAACAGGUGGUUUCUUAUAUUAUUAAAAUAUUUUAUGCAUAAAUAUGCAACUUACGCAAAUGUGUUUGAAGAGUUUUUAUAUUUAUAUUUAUGCUUCUUAAACAAAAAUAUGAAUACAUUUUUUGGUAUAGUACAAAAAAGGAAAAAAACGAAAUUGUUAUUACGAAAUUUGAUGAUAAAUAUAAUUAUGGGGAUUGUAUUACAUGAUAUCGUAGAACAUGAGGGGGUCGAGGUGUUUAAAAAAAAAGUAUGUUAUAUAACAUUGUGUAUAUUGAAAAGGUUAAAUGAAGAUGAGAACUUUAUCCGCUCCUACCUGAAUCAGUAUAAUCAUUUAUUAAAGAGUGAAACAGACGUAAACAUUAUUAUUAAUGAUGAUAAGGAUGCUUCUUUUUAUUGUACAUGUUUUUUUUGUAAUGGGAAGUGCAAUUUUUUAAUGUGCGAAGAAGAUAAUAGAUAUGUUGUACAAAAGAAUGAGAACAUUAUUUUUGAACAAUUCGUUUUAUAUUAUAUAUUCAAGAUGAGAAAUGAAAAAUUAAAAAGAAAAAACAGCAAGAAGUACAUUUAUGAUGAUCACAAAAGAGAAGAAAAUCUUCGUAGUAGUAGUAAUAUACCUGUGUUAAUUAACCUAAUUAUGGAUAUCAGACAUAUAAAUGAUAAUGUGAAAAUAUUAUUAAAUAAAUUAUGUAGCUUAUAUAUUAGAAAAUGUUAUAAUAAUAAUUAUAUUAUGAAUAAAGAUAUAAUAAAAAAGAUAAUUAUGGAAAGGUUAAGUGACAAGCAUAAUGAUAUAUUUGUUUUUACAAAAAGAAUUAAAGAUGAUUAUAUAUAUUUAUUAGAACAUAAAGAUAUUGAAAAUGAUAUGUAUGUCUUUUUUAUGUAUAACUUUUUAAAUACGGUGGAUAUUAAAUUUUUGAAUAAUGAAAAGGAGAAUAUAAAUAAGGACAAUUAUUUUGUUAUUUUGUUUUUAUUAUAUUUAAUAAGAAAUAAAAAAAUUAGAGCUAUCGAAAAUGAAGUAAAUUAUGUACCCAUAUUUAAAGAAUAUCCCACCUUAUGGUUGUUAUUAAACAAUAUAGAAUAUGAACAAAUAUAUUAUUUAAAAAAGGAAGUAUUCAAUAAAUCGUUUGCUGAAAAAUGUUUAGAUAAUAUUAUAUGUGCCUAUAAAAAUGCUCGACAAAAAAACAAAUUAAGUUUCUUAUUAUUAGUAACAAUCCAUUUUAAAAAUAAAAUAUGUUUAUUUAUUGCUUUGUCAAUUUUGUUUUAUGUUGGUGAUAUGUUAAAUGAAAGCAAAGAAAAAAGAAAGAGCAUGUUGAAAAAAUAUGAGGAUAUAUCGUUUAUAAGGAGAAUAUGUAAGGUUCUUUUUUUUUAUUUUUAUGGUUAUAUAUUUAAAUAUGAUAAAUACCAAAGUUUGAACAAUUGUCAAAAAAAUGUUGAGGAGAAUAAUAACUUAAAUAGGUGUCCAAAUGAUGAAUAUAUUUUUAAAUCUUACGAAAAUAUAACUCUUUUUUUAUUUAAAAGAUUGUUUAAAUGUUUUUUACGAUAUGAAGGAUUGGUUAAUAAUGUAAGUGAGAAGAAAAUAAAUGAAUAUGAGCAUAUAAAAAAUGUAGAAAUUGAUAAGAAACCAAAUAUGAAAAUUCUAACAAAAAAUGAUAAUAAUAAUAAUAAUAAUAUUAUGUGUAGUAAUAGUGAUGCUGAUGAAGAAGGGUAUAAGAACAUAAAUAUGAUGAGAGGAUCUAAUAUAGAUGUAAGUAAUUAUGUUGAAGAUUCGAACAAGAUAAAACAAAAUGAAUACUUUAUAAAGUAUAUGUCCAAAAGAAGGAAUGAUUAUCACAUGUUAUUAUUAUUAUUAUUAAAUUUGGUGAACAAAAAGAUAGAGAAUGAUAAUGAUGAUAAUAAUGAUAAUGAUAAUGAUAAUGAUAAUGAUAAUAAUAAUGAUAAUAAUAAUAAUAAUGAUGAUGAUAAUAAUGAUAAUAAUAAUGAUGAUAAUAAUGAUAAUAAUAAUGAUAAUAAUGAUAAUAAUAAUAAUAAUUAUGUGGAUGGUGAAGAUGUAAACACAACGGUUGGUAUGAAGAAAAUAGAAAAGAAUAUAUACCUACAUUGGAAGAAUAUAUUAUUAUUUAUUUCAUUUUUAAACAAGAACGAAAUUAAAGAAGGUAAUUUUUAUUAUGAAUAUGUGAUGAAAAAAUAUAUAUAUAUGUUCAUAGAUCACGAUUUGAAUAUGGAAAAAGAAGAAAAUAAAGAAAGUCAUAUUAUUUAUAAAAACAAAAAAAGAUAUAUUUUAUUUUAUAUUUACUUUUUAAUAUAUAAAUUUAUGAAAUUAAAAGGGUUAGAUGUUUUAUGUAUGAUUGAAAUAUUUUUCAAAAAUGUUUUGAUCGAAGAAUUUAUUGUAUCUAUAUUGGAAGAAUAUGAAAAGAUGGAAAAUGAAGACAAGAAAAAAAAUGAAAAAUUGUUAAUUUUUUUAUUAAAAAUGAUAAAAAUAUUUUAUAGUGAAUGGUACAAUUUAUGUAAAGAUAAAUAUGUAAAACAAGAAAUUUAUUUAAAAGGUUUAAAUAUUAACAUUUUUAAUGCAUUAAAAAGGAUUUAUAGUUACACUAUGACGAAUAUAAAUAUAUAUAUAAGAAACAUAUUUUUUGUGGACCUAUGUAAUUAUUUACAUUUUAUUUCUUUGAACAAUAUAUUAGAUAACAAAUUAAUAGAUGAAGUAUUAAAAUUUAAAGAAUUUAAUGUAAAUUAUGAUAAUAAUUAUAAUUGGCUAAAUAUGAACACAAGUAUGGUAAACAAAACAUGUCUCUACUUUAAUUUUAAUGAAAAUAUAUAUUAUAUGUUACAAAACAAUGAUGAAACAAUAAAUAAUUAUAAUAAUAAUAAUAAUAUUAAUGAUUUAAAAGAUUUUAAUUAUUGUGAAGAUGGAAAUAAUUUUUUCAAUAAUAAUUAUAAAAAUAAUAUGAACAAGUCAGGUGAAAACCAAUAUUUUGAAAACUCAAAAAUGGCUAGUUCAGUAGAAAAUGAAGAAAAAUAUGAAUAUAAUAACAUUCGAAAAGAUAUUGGAAUAUAUAGAAGAAGUAGUAGAGUAUAUUUAAAAAGUAGUGGUAAAUAUGUAUACAGUAUAUUAAAUCAGAAUAAUUUUAUAAGAAAAGAGAUUUUUAGUUUAGCUUAUAAAAAUAAAUUAAAUAAAAAUAUAUAUGAUUAUUUCUUUUUAUUGUGUGUAUUGGUAAGUAAAUUAUUUUUUGUGUUUAUAUUGAUGUCAGAAAAGAUUAGGGUAUUUUUUUAUCACUUUAGGUUAUUAUAUACGUAUCAAAAAGAGGAGAUUUUUUUAAAUUUUGAUUUGUUGAGGAUGCAAGAAAUUAAUCGAAAGAUAAAAAAUUAUAUUAAGAAAUAUCCUGAUAUACAUUUUUAUAUAGAUUAUGACAACAAUGAGAAUGAAAAAGAGAAUGGUAUGAAUGGUAUGGAGAGAAAUUAUAUAAAUAAUGAAGAUUAUUACAUGAAUCAUACUUAUGAGGAGAAUAAAAAAAGUAUAAAUCGAUUGGAUACAAGCAAGGGUUAUGAUAAUAGAAAUGUUAAUGUAUAUUUAGAUAAUAGUAAAAAAAUAAUAUCAUAUGAUGAAGAAAAGGAACAUUUUCAUCAUUUAAAAAAAAAUCAAAACUAUGAUAGGAACUGUAAGUUUUGUAUAAAAUUUAGGGAGAUACAUAAAAUUGGUAAUACAGAAAGGAUAAUGAAUUUAUAUGAUAAGGAAGAAAAGACAAAUAUAAAGAAUAUGAUAUAUUACGGAAAGACAAUACGUACAAAUUUGUUUUUACAUAGUCCUUAUGAAUAUAAUAUAUAUAAAAAUUGUAAAACCUUUAUUGAUGAUGAAGAAUUUAAAAAUGAUGAUAUGCGAGGAUUAAGAAAUGUGCAUAAUGACGUAGAUGAUGAUAACAACAAUUUUGAUGACAAUAAAAAUAUUGAUGACAAUAAAAAUAUUGAUGACAAUAAAAAUAUUGAUGAUAAUAAAAAUGUUGAUGAUAAUAAAAAUGUUGAUGAUAAUAAAAAUUUUGAUGGUGAAAUCAAUGAGGAAAAUAAAAAUAUGAAUAGGAAAAAAAAAAGACCUAGUUUGAAUUUGAAGAAAAUAAAUACUUAUUGCUUAAUCGAUGAAGACGAAUUAUUAUACGGAAGGAAAUUAAAGGAAAAUCAUUUUACAAAAAGUUAUAAAAAAUUAUUAGAUAUAUAUUCUUUGAGCGAUGUGGAUUUUUUUGGGAGUUGGAUAAAAAUAUUUUCAAUGAACGGAUUAAAAUUAUUAAUAUUUUGCUUAAGUAGUAAUGAUUUAAUAGUUAGGACUAUAAGUUUGAAAGGAUUAUCUAUAUUUUUCCAGUUGAUUGAAAAUUCAUUUUUUCUUUAUAAAAUAAGAAAAAAGUUAUUAUCCUUUAAAAAGAAAAUUGGUAUGUAUACAGAAGAUAAAGAUGAUAAUUAUUAUGUGAAUGUUGAUGGAAAAGGUGUGCUGAAUAAUUUAUAUGAAUCAAAAAAGAGUGUAAUGAAAAAAAGGAAAUUAAUAAUACCUUUUAAAGAAUUAUUUUAUUUAUAUUUUUUUAUGAAGAAAUUAAAAUAUUCAGUAGAUCCGUUAACAUAUUAUAUAAAUCCAAGUGUAUCAUCAUAUUGUUUUUUUUUCUUAAAUGAGGUAUAUAAAAAACAAAAUAUAGUGAAUACAUUGAAGAAUUUAAUUAGAAGUAAGACUUUUUCUUCUAUUUAUUUUUCGUAUUAUUAUUUAAAUAGUUUGUUUAAUAAUAAUUUUGAUUCUUUGGACAUCAUGAACUUUUUUAUUAUGUCAAAUCAGGGGUUGCACUCGACGUGUUACAAUAGCAUAGGUUAUGAGGAAGGGGACGGUAAAUAUGAUAAUAAUGAUAAUAAUGAUGAUAAUGAUAAUGAUAAUAAUUAUGAUAAUAAUAAUUAUGAUAAUAAUAAUAACUACGAUAAUAAUAAUAACUACGAUAAUAAUAAUAACUACGAUAAUAAUAAUAACUACGAUAAUAAUAAUAACUACGAUAAUAAUAAUAACUACGAUAAUAAUAAUAACUAUGAUAAUUAUAAUAACUACGAUAAUAAUAAUAACUAUGAUAAUUAUAAUAACUACGAUAAUUAUAAUAACUACGAUAAUUAUAAUGUAAAAGAAAGGAAGUUUAAUAACACCAUAGAUAGAAGUUAUUAUGCUACGACAAACUUUACUAAUAGGAUGAUGCUCGAUAAUUUUGAUGAUGACAGGGAGGAUAACUACAGAUACAAAAAUAACGAUAAAUAUGAUUAUAAUAAUGAUUAUAAUAAUGAUAAGGGUUAUUCAUUUGAAAAGAAGGAUGAAUAUAAAGAAAAAUUAGAUCUUAUAAAAUAUAAUUAUAGAUGUACCAUAAAAAACAUUUACCAUAUAUUAAAUCGAAAUGAUGUUUUUCAAAUAUAUAUAUCCUUAUUUUUUAAUAAUUAUAUAAAUCAUAACUUGUUAAAGAGGUUUUUAAUAUUGCUUAUAUAUUCAAGCAAUGUCAUAAAUAUGGUAGGUAUGUGUGUAGAUAGUGUAGAUGAGGAGAAUGUUCCUUAUAUUGAAAAUAAUGAUAAUAAUAAAAGAAAGAAUGUCGAUAAUAAUAUAAUUACUUGUAAUGUAGAAACAAAAAUGAAUGUUAUAGAUUUUUACAUAAAGAAUAAUUUAAUGAUGAAAUUAAUUAUAAAAGAUAAUAUAUUUUUAUGGUUAGACUUAAUUAUGAACCAAAAACUUUUUUCAGAAGUAAUGUCUUUUCAUUAUCCUAGUUCUUUUGUAUUCCCAAUUAUGAAUUAUUAUGAUUUGUCAAAUGAGCAUGAGCUAUUAUAUAAAAAGAUGAUGAAAGGAAAGGUAUGGUCUUAUAUAAAAGAUGGGAAGUAUCCAAACGAAUUAUAUAAUAAGAGCAUGUAUAGUAUUAUGUAUGAUAUGAAAUAUAUUGAAGAAAAUGAUUUAUGUUUACAUAAAAAAGAAAGUAGUAUAAGAACAAACAAAAAUGAUGAAAUUAGAGAUGUUAAAAAUGUAGAUAUUUAUAUGGAUGAGGAAUAUAAUGAGAAGAUAGAAAAAGAAAGUAAAAUAUGUGAUAUACAUAAAAGAAAUGAUGAAAAGAUGUUACUUUCUCAUAAUAGUGUUCAUAUUAAUAAAAUAAAGAAUAAAAUGUAUGAUUAUUUAGAAAAUUUGAUUAAGAAGAAAUAUAUGAUAGGUUAUAGUUUUAAAGAAAGUUACAAUAAAACUUCAGAAAUAUUUUUUUGCAUAUGUUUAUUUAUGAAAAAUGUUGUAUCUAAUAUAUUUUAUCCAGGAAUAGAUUAUUGUGAUAUAUUUCAUAAAAAUAUUUUAUUAGAUAAUGAAAAGAAAAUAUUGAAAGAAUUCAUUUUAACGAAUGCGUAUAAUAUAAUAACACUAGAAAAAAAAAAAAAUAAUAUAUUAAAUAAUAAUAAUAAUAAUAAUAAUAAUAAUAUACAUACCUAUGAGAUAUGGAAUUAUUGGUAUAGUGCGUUUCAUAAAUUAUAUUCAUUUAAAAUAAGAUGCUUUUUAUUUAUUAAAAAAAAUGAAGAAGAAAAAAAUGAUAAAAAUGAAAAUAUCAUGAAAACUAGCCAUAUGAAUAUAUAUGAUGACUUAAUACAAAUUAUAAGAAACUUGAUUAGGGGCUUAUAUUAUAUCUUUUUGAAUGUAUAUCAUAAGGAAUAUUUUUAUCUCUUUAUAUAUGAAGAAGGAGAAGAGGACAAAAAAAAAAAAAAGAACAGCAGAAUACAUGAUGUUUAUGAUAUAAAAGAUAAAUAUAAUUAUCAUGCUUCUUUAGAACAUAACAACAUACGUGAUAAAAUACAAUAUUGUAAAAUGUUUAUUAAAUAUAUAUAUCUUAUGUUUAAUAUUUUGUUUAAUAUAUGUUCCAGUUUAUAUGACCAAGGGUUAACAAAUGAUGUCGUUUUUAAAAAUAUAAUAAGCACAAAAGUUGUUGUACAGGACAAUUUUAUGAACGAGAAAAUAAGUGUGAUAAUAAAUGAGAUUAUUAUUUUUUUUGAACAGAUUGUAAUAUUGUAUAAUUAUUUAAAGUAUGUUAUUAAUUGUGUGGGUGUAGAAAAAAAUAAUGUUAAAUUUCGCGGCCCAUAUGAAAAGAUAGAAAGAGAAAAAAAAAAAAAAAAAAAAAAAAAAAAUUAUGAUAAGAAUAAGAUGGUAUUAGAUUAUGAUGAUGGUCAGACAACAAACUUAACAAAUGUGUUUAAAAGUUAUAAUGUGAGAGGGAAGAAAGAUACAAUGUCAUCUAUUGAACUAUUUCAUAUACAUGUUCAUCAUAAGUUAAUAGAGCAAACUUAUAGAGAGUCUCCCAAUUAUUCAAAUUAUAAUUUAUAUAAGAGAAUUAUUAGGUGUGUGUUACAUAUGCUACAUAAAAAAUGUUAUAAGAAUAGUAAAUAUUUUUAUUACGUCUUUAUAAAUAAAUUAAUAACGAUAUAUCAUUUUUUAAAUGAGCAACAUAUGUCUUCUAAGGUGUAUUUAUAUAUAUAUGAAAUAUAUAAUAUUAUAAAAAGGGAUAAAGUAGAAUCAUUACUAAACCAGAUUCUUUAA